ACAACAGCUGGACAUGUUGUGCUACCAACUGGAGGACAAGCUGAGGCUUGGCCAGAUGUUUGAUAAGAGGCAGGAGAGGUUCCUGACAUGGACAACGGGUGUGGGGCGGCGGUUGGAGAGCCUGGCAGUGAGCUGCGGAGAGCCAGAAGAGGUGCUUCGGAGACUGGAGACUGAGCUGGAGGCAGAAGUGGUGCUGAGGCGGAGAGAGGUGGAGUGGCUGCGGGGGGCAGGAGCUGAGCUGGUAGAAGCGGAAGGGCUGGAGGCCACACCUCGCCGAGCCGAAGUCAAGGCAAGAGUCUCCGCUGUGGAAGAUGCCUGGGACAAGGUGCAGCAGAUGACAAGUGCUCGUGCAAACAAGUUACGACAGAUCAUCGAGGGGAUGAGUGUGCUGGAGCAGAGGAUGGAAGUGCUCCGCAGUUGGCUGCACUGUAUAGAAGUUCAGUUGGCAACACCCGUCAUCCUAGAGACUUGUACAGAGGCUGGCCUCAACAAAUGCCUGUCUCAUCAUGAUGCUCUCACCAAGGACAUAGAGCAGCACAGCGGACCUGUUGGUGAUGUGCUGAACCACUGUGAAGUGCUGCUCAACGACUGUGACUCAGCAAAUGUACAACUGAACACCGAUGGCAUCUCCACAGCCAUGCAACUCCUCGAGCGCAGGUGGAAAAAUGUGUGUGUGGUAGUAACGGAAAGGAAGGCACGGCUGAUGUCUACCUGGCGGCUACUGCAGGAAGUACUGCGGUUAUGUGAGGAGCAGACAGAGUGGCUGCAGACGCAGACUGACACCCUCGACAAUGUCCAAAGGCAGACGGACUGUUUGCAGCUACAAGCCUUGCCCACCCUCAUUGGAGAUGUUGAGAAAGUGAUAACGGAGGUAGAGUGUCGACGGCCAGCACUGGACCUGCUACAAUCCUCGUACACCACCCUGGCCACGCAGAGCUCACUGGACAAUCUGACAGCGGAGGUGCGUGGGCGAAUAACCGAGUGGUCGACCUUGCGUACACGGGCAGACGAGCUACUGGCCGUACUGCGUAGCAGACAGCAACGAUGGCGCACAUUCACAGAAACCCAGGGCGCAGCCGUUUUAGCUCUCACGGAUGUUGAUGUGCGGCUCACACAGAUAGAUCUACUGGAGACUGACAAUGUUGAUGACAGUGACCUUGACACGCACAAGAACAAACUCAAGAGGUUGCUGGUCCUGAAGAAGGAGCUGGAGAGUCACGGAGAUCUGCUCAAGACGGCAGACCUGCUCGGACUGGAGGUGAUGAAUGGCUGUGUGCCUUCGGAUGUGCCCAAAGUACAGCAGCUGGUCGAUGAGUAUCAGCUGUUGUGGAAGGACAUCACAGAGCGCAUGAAGCAACUCAUUGAUGCCACCAAGGAGGAGUGUCGCAAGAGAAAUGUUGUCAAUGAGGAGGUGCAAGUGGAAACUUUGAAGUUCGAGACGGAUACGUCAGUGCAGGUGAAUACCCUGCCAGCACCACUGCUGCGUAGAGACGCAUACAUCUACGAGCUACAAACAGCCAUACGUGAGUGCAAUGCCAACCUCGACUCCCUUGCCGCGCUUGAUAAGCUCACCACACAAAGCGCUGGCAAGUGUGUGGCUGCUUGUCAGUCCAGUGUGGACCUGGUUAGACACCUGAGUGGACUGCUGGUGGAGCAGUGUGGAUUGACUCCGGAAGAAGCCUGCAGCAAGCAAGUAGAGACGCUGGUGACACGUUAUCAGCAGUUGCUGGCUCAGAAGCAGGCCACAGACAGAGAAGACCAAGAAGCCAGGUCUGCUCACGAGGAGUCCUACACAUUUUAUUGUAUACAUGAAUCAGGCCGGUUCACUUGCCCUCUGUGUACUCGCCGUAACUGGAAGCAGCUGGAUAAUGACCUCUGGAGGCUCCAGAAGUGGCUGGAUUAUGCAGAAGGCACUCAAGCGACACAACAAAGUCCUCCCUCCAACAUCAAUCAACUGGAGGAAGUCAUUCAAGAUUACAGGGAGUUUCUGCUAGACCUUGACAGUCACAAGUCUUUAGUGGUGUCACUGAACAUUGUGGGCAAGCAUCUUGCUGAGCACACAGAGGAUGAGGCACGGGCUCACGAGAUGACAGAGAGACUCGCGGAGAUCAAUCGCCGCUGGGACGCUGUCUGCAACACUGCUGCCACCUGGGAGACUCGGUUGCAGACCGCACUGUUGCAGAACCCUGAAUUCCACGACACAAUAGAAGAGCUUGUCCAGUGGCUGGAACAGACAGAGGUCACCAUACAGCAGAUGGAGCCUGUCGAUGUGGCCGACGGACUUUCUGUUAUAGAAACAAAGUACAACAAAUUUAAGGACCUGCGCCACGACCUGGAGGUGUGCGAGCCCCGCGUACUGUCACUACAGGAGGCAGCUAGUCACCUGCUGCGUCACAGACAGACAGAGGCGGACACCAGUGCCUGUGAGCGCCUCACACACUUGCGCCUGCGACUUCAGAGCCUCACCAGGCUUACUGACUCGUACCUCGUCAAGUUGGGAACUGUGCUGGGCAAGGACCCACUCACACAUACAUCCCUCGCCACCCUCUCCCACGAGCUGUUGGACCAAGCCGCUGGUGGAACCGUCAGUUCUCGAUCCUCCACUGACCAGCUACACUCAAACUGUGAAGGCAUAGUGGACACCAGCGUGUUGGCGCGAGGUUACCGUUUCCUGGGGCGAGUGGUGCGUGCGUCGCUACCGAUUCAGGCGCUGAUGUUGGUACUACUGGGCGUCGCAUCGCUCGUACCUAUCACUGAGGAGGACUUCUCGUGCGGCAUAUCCCGCACGUUCGGGCCGACCCUACGUUACAUCAACGGCCCACCACCCAUGUAGACUGAUUCCUUCACUACUUGACUACUUCUACCGGCUAUGACUCUAUGAGAUAGAACAAAUAGGCUGUGAUACAAUGAUACCUAACCUAACAUUCUCGGAUAAUUUAGUAAAACUAUUUUUUUAUUUCGGAUAAUGUACCACUGACAAAACUUAACAUUGCCAUCUAAUCAUCUUCCAAGGGUAAGGUUGUUUUUUAUUUAAGAUUUUUAUCUCUAGUUGUAGUUCUUUUCGGGGUCUGCUAAUAAAUUAAUUUGUACUAAUGUUGUAAAUUGAACAUGUAUUUGUUUUGUAUAGCUUAAAAAAGUAAUUGAAACUAUUUUGUAAAAUUGAUAACUAUUUAAAGUGUAUUGUAUUUGUAUUAGUUUACUUUUCUAUUUAUAUUUUGAUACGCUGUUUUGAGCUGACCAUUUGUAGACUUUCAACUGAUGUGGGUGUGUGAUACAGAGGUGUAUUUUUGUACGAGAGUCUCGAAGAGGCGUAAAUAUGUGGAACAUUUACACCUCGACGACGACAUCUCCCUGACGACCAGAACUAAACGAAACGACUGCCCUCACACAACUUGUAAUCAGAUUACACAGUUGGUUUUGUUUCAUUUCUGAUCCUACUUUUUGAGAGUCAGUCCCGGUCCUAAGGGCCAUCUUUAGUGCCUGCUCACUAGGAGAAAUCUUGUUAAUAGGUUAGUAACUGUUAACCCACAGUUUGAAAAUUAGCUUUUUCAAUUUUCUUUAUAGAUAUAAUUUUUCCUAUUAUUAAAAAUAUUCUUGGAUCUGUAUUAUUGCAGUUGUAGGGUUGACAAAAUACAAACUACAAAGUUAUCUGUUAGUU